UCUCCCGCCGGGCGGCCUCACCUCGUCGACGGCUCUGCGGGGCAGGUGGAGGACGCCCAGGAGCAGCUUGAGCUUGACGGGCGAGGAGAGGCCGUGGAAGCAGAGGCGGAUGUUGUCGAUGACCGAGGCGGAAGAUGUUCACUGAUUGCACGAUGAAGAUGGUACUUUUGGCCCCUUUGCUUCUGAUGACGGGGCUGAUUUCUACGAAGGCCGCUGCGGCUGAGGAAGAAUCGGGAACAGCGAUUCCUGCUGAAAGUCGUCCCUGUGUUGACUGCCAUGCCUUUGAAUUCAUGCAGAGGGCUUUGCAGGAUUUAAAGAAGACGGCGUACAAUCUAGAUUCACGAACAGAGACGUUGCUUUUCAAAGUGGAGAAGAGAACCUUAUGUGACUGUUUAGCCGCCAAUGCCCUGAACUGAGUCCUGCAGAGCCCCCCACCACACACACACCUGGGAGGAUCUUCCACAGCGCUUAUCACUGCUGUCAGGAAAGGAAAUAGUGCAAGCAUGUAAAUCCGACUGCUUCUGAAACUAAGGGGAGAAUGUUGGUAUGAGAUUGUCCUGCCUGAAUUCAGAAUGUUUUUGUCUUAUGUCCACCCGACCUCACCUGUGUCAUCAGGAGUUGCAAGAUAAUUCCCAGAGAAAAGGAGAAAAAAUGGGAGGGACAAUGAUGGACUUUUGCAAAGCGUUAAGGGUUUUGUUUUCAGAAGCUUUCUUUUUCAAUACUAUAUUCCCCCCAACACACAACCAAAGAAACUUAAAAUUAAAAUUAAUUAGUGAAGACCCCAGCAGGGAUUCUAGAGAUCUUUUGCUGGGACUCCUCAUCUCAUGAGUGUUUUUAGAAGGAAUUAGACAUUUAUACCAAAUAAUGUAUACAAAGCAGGCUUUGAUCAUAUGCAAAAUACGAUUCUGAUAGUGUCAAAAGAUGUAAAAUGCAACAGAAUCAAAUUGGAGGCUAAGUCAUUAAGCAGUUUAAUUAUUGAAGAAUAUUAAUUAACUGAACAGUUAACAGUGUUUCAAAAAUGAUCAGCCCUGCAAUUGGACUUCUCCUUGACUUGAGGGAACAAGCUUUCACUUAGGUGAAACUUCUAGAUCAGGGCUGUCAAACUCCUGGCCCACAGGCUAAGAUGCGUCACACGCUGGCCACGCCCACACCCGGUUUAGCGAAGGGGGGGGAAGUCCCGAUACGACACGUGACGACGCCGUGACAACCUGAGUUGGACACCCCUGUUCUAGACACUCGUGAACAAGGCCUGGGAAGGUUUUCAUUUUUCACCUUUUCCUUACAGAUCCGUGGAAAUGCAUCUCUAGCCAAUCCUUCGUUCUUCUGCACUUGGUGCCCUGAGCAAUUUGUAAUUCAUCUCCCAACCAUUUUAGCUGAACGGUGUUAAUCCAUUAUCAGUGCAUCCUAGACAUUAUCUAUGUAUCAUUUCUUUUCGAAGAAAUGGGUUUCUGUGACUCUGUGUGUGUGUGUGUGUGUAAAUGUACAAAUGUUCCAGUACUGGGGAAAUACACUUUUUAAAAUAAAGAUCUGAGAUCCUGA